AAGUUAAUGAAAACAGUUAAUACUUUUAUAAUAAUAUCACUAUAAUAAUAUCAAUCAAUCAAUAUAAUAAUAAUAAUAAUAUCAAUCAAUAAUAUUGUCUUCAUGAAAGAAUGUUAAUAAAAAUCAGUUAACAAUUGAAAUCGAUCAGAGUUGAAUGAUAUACAAUCAACAUCGAUAAGUCAAACAAAUUCUCUGGUUUUAUGUCAUCAUAUGGUAAAUAUUACUUCAAUAAAUUAGGCUAAAAACUAGAUAUGAUGGACAAAUAAGUUGAACUGAGAAAAAUGGGUUUGAGACGAAUUUCACUGCUAUGAUCCCUAAACUAAUUUAUUUUCUAAUUGUAAAAUUUUCUUGUUGUAAAAUGCACCCAUGGAAACUAAAAAUUCUUGCAGUAAAUAUGGCUGUUAUAGCCAGACCAAAAAAAAGUUUUCCCUUUCAACUUGCAUCCUUCAAAAUACAGUCAACUCUCAAUAACUCGAAUUAGUUGAUAACUUCAUUUUUUUUUUUUUUUCAAACCUUCAUCUUUCUAUAGUGUUUGCCCAUAUUUGUACCUCUAUAAGUUGAACAUUUCAAAAUAAAAACCUCGAUUAGACAAAUUUUCUUUCAACAACCUGAGGUAAUCUCAUAAAAUACAAAUAUGUCAGCCAUUUCCAGUUAAUUUUUAGCAGCCCUGCUUCAUCUGAUGGGCUACUCUCGCCCACUCUCUUAAUAGUCCUACACCCAGGACAGUGCAUAGCACAAUUCACAAUUAAUUGGUCAGUUUUUUUCUCGUUUUUUUCAGUUCAUUUGUGUUUAUGGGUUUGUUCAUUUAUAUACAAAAAAUGUAAAACGUUAAAUGUGGAGCAGAAAAGUAAGAUUAUUAAGGUGGUAGAUGAAGGCAUUAAGAAAAAGGGCGACAUCACUAAAGAAUUCAGCAAACCGCCAAAUACCUUAUCUACAAUUUAAAUAAAAAUAAAAAAAAGGUUAAGUAUGGCUGCGAGUGUAUAAGCCUCACAUCUCAAUUACUUGAAAAACUCAGAACUCAAAUUUUUAAAUUUCCCCCUGAGGUUCGAGUUAUUGAGAGGAGUCACUGCAUCAAAAAUAGAAAACUCAACCAAAAUACAAAGUAAUAGCUCUGUCGUUUUUGAUCAUUUUUACGCACCUAUCUUUGCUGUUCUCUCCUCUCCCUUUGAAAGACGGAUGAAAUUUUUUUUUUUUUUUUAAUGGAAAAUCAAUGGAAAUAAUAGAAUUGUAAGAUAUUUGUUUUCUUGCUUCAUCCUCCCCUCCAAGCGUUACUUUAAAUUAUUGAGGGGGGUUUGUAGUUUUGCUUUCGCCCCAUUUAUGUAUUUGUUCAUAAUGUGGAGAAAAAUUUAGAAAUGUACCAGGACCGUGGGUUCAUUCAAGUUAUUUAGAUCAGGCUGUAUUGUGAGAUUUCCAGACAACCUGAGGUAAUCUCAUAAAAUACAAGUAUGUCGGCCAUUUCCAGUUAAUUUUUAGUUUGCCUAUCCUCCUUAGUUUACAGACCGACUGAAGAAUUUUAAAACAAACCAAAACUCAUCAGAAAUAACCAAGCAGGAUCAUCACCCCUGGAAGAUCUUGUGAAAAUUGUCACAAAAUACAAGUAGCUUGGUUUCGGAUCCAUUCUGGUCUGUCUUUCAUCACAGUGUUGGUUAGUCUGAAAAUCGGCUUCUAGCUAUCUCCUAUAGUGGGUUGUGUGAUUUAUGACCCAGUCGCCAAAACUCUGAAGAUGGUAGAAACCAAAGAUGACAAAACAAAAUUAUUUGAACAGACCACUGCAGGUUCAUCACUCUUCAGAUCCAUAGAAGUAAUCUCAUAAAAUACAAGUAGGUUGGUCAUUUCUGAUAAAAUUUUGGUUUUCCUAUCCUCCUUAGUAGAUCGACUGAAGAAAUUUAAAGCAAACCAAAACUAAUGAGGAACAACCAAGCAGGCCUAUCACCCCUGUCAGUUCAUCAAAUUUUACAAUAAUAAAUGUACAAGGUUACUUUCAAAAUUUCACCCAUCUUCCAACCUGAUGUAAGGUAUUGGGGUUCUGCCGAGCUCGUCUGAACGGAUUUCGCAGUCAACAUACAUUUUAGUUGUGUGUGUGUGGGAUGUUUAGUAAAGGUGGUUCCAGACAUGUGGUAUUCGCAGAAUGCCGUGCAAAUUUUUGUUGAAUCCCGAAUAGUGUGGUUGGAUGCUCGGCAAUUCGCCAAAUAACAACAUCCGGUGCUCACCAUGCUCGACUUUUUGUCGGUUUUCUUGUCCGCUUCAAAGGGCACGAAUAUUCGUGAAGUAACCACACUCAAACCAUCCACACAUUCAGGAAUCAACUACAACUGUACAUAACUUUAACCUACUGUCAACUAUUAUCAAAAUAAACAGUAAGCGUAUACUUCUAUUUAAUGCCAUUUAUUUUUCAUUAAUAAACGAUUUCUAACUAGUAUAGAUAUUUUAAUUUACACAAUAACAAUUGUUUUUUAUUAUAAGGAAUGGAUUAACACAAUGCAACUGUUUGGGAGUUCCUCGAUGUUUAUGAAAUAGAACCAAUAAUUUGGAAAGCUUCUCUUACAAAUCAUAAAUUGUUUUAUAAAUAAAGCCAUGAUUAAAAAUCUAAAAAAUAUAAUUAAAUAUACUUUUUCAGUUAGUUUGUUGUUACUGCACAAAAUCUAACCGCAGCUGCAGUAAUGACAGUUUCACUGUUGUCCAUCACAAUCUGUAGUCAGUUGAGGACUCCCACAGCAUUUGGAAAAUACUUAUUCCCCUGUCUCCACAACAAAACCCGCAUGUUUGUACACGUAGGCACGCUAUUUGGCGAUGGAAAGACGAGCAUCUCAGGAAUUGGCCACAUUUCUGGAAUAUUCGGUGGCAAUCGGCAUUCGGCAAAUACCCACAUGUCUAGAGCCGCCUUAAUAUUAAAGAAGGCAUUAAGGGCCUUAACCCCCCUCUGCCACCACCAUCACCAAGACAACCAAAGUUUUUCCUCUUCGGUGGGAUUUUGAAGGCACUCCAGAUGGUCAUUAUAGUGGCCCAUCAAAUAUAUGCUAUUGCUAAAAUUUAACACAAAACUUGUACGGCUUUUUAUCUCCAUUUUUCGUUUGCCAUAAAUGUUGAUGUCUACACAGAUUUGUGUAGAUUUACAAUCAUCCAGGCAAACACAUUACCCCAGAAAGCAUGUUUUAUCAGGUGCCCCAUGCUGGAUCACAUCACACCGCUUAUUUCCAAAUAAUCUAGGACAUUUUAAAUAAUAAUUUAUACAGAAAAUAAGGCACAUCUGUCGACCUCUUUGUCAACUUGUGAAAAAUCCGGUGCUUUUUGUUUUCAACAAGGGGAAAAAAAGUCGAAUUCGUAGUAAAAUGAAAGACCGUCCGAGAUCCGUCUCGAAUAGAGAAAAUCAACGGAAAAACUCGAUAAAGCUCAGCCCAAUAAAAGAGGAAAGGCAACGUCUGAAAAAGAUAGUAAAAAAAAUGUCUUCGACGGAUUCACCAAUGCAUAGCAAUCGUGAUUCUCCAAAAAGAAAAUCUCCAAAUGUGAUACACUUAAGCAACGAAGCAACUUCUUCUCGUAGAUCAUCUGUACGAAGAUCAUCACAUAAAAUUCCGCAUUCUAAGCUGACCGGCGUUUUGAAAGAGCUCAAAGAUGAUAUCGUAUUAGAUGCACCUCUAAAGCUAAAAGGAGGCUGCGGAGAUGCAGAAAAUGAGAUGAUUCCAGUCUACGGCAAAGAUGAAAUCUAUAUUGAAAGCCAUGGCAAAUUUAUCAAAGCUCCUAAAGAAAUCAUAUCGGAAAACAAUUUCAAGAACAGUGACAAUCAAGAUGAGCCUUGGUCAUUUGACAUGACCACACCACUCGACAUCGUCAUUACUGUUCAAAAUAUGUGGACUUUGUUGGGCAAAAUCUUGUUGGGUUUUUCAGCAGGGUUGGCAUUGACCGAAACAAUAUUGAUUUUACUCUAUUACAGUACCUACCAGGGAGAUAAUUUUUUUGAUUUUUAUUCUAUUUAUAGCAUUUUUACAAAUAAAUUAGAAAGCGUUUAUUAUGUUCUGAUGGUUAUUGGUGUUUCAUGCUUAUUAGAUUGGCUAGACAUUGCCCAUAUUAAUUUAAGAGAUCUGUUUGAUACACUGCAGUACAGAAAAAUUUGGAUAGUGGCCUUCAUGUACAUUGUUGCAGCGGGGGUAAUGUUUGCGCUGUCCAGUUGGUCGGAUUUUAUCUAUCUUCGAUGUUACAACUACUCUGUAGAAAAAGUAUCGAGGGAUGUUUUAGAAAAUGACAUGGAAUUACUAUCUGCUGUGAACGUUUGGAAUGCUGGGAGCUUAGUGAAAGAUAUUUUAAUCAUUAUCAGCUGGAUUUGUGUAGUGUGUAUUAAAAGUGACGAUCUGUUUUUAAUCCAUCUGAUGGAAUUAAAGAAGUAUGAUUAUCCAUAUGAUCAAAUAUUGACUCAGGCUGAAAACCAUAUAUAAAUGUUACAAUAAAAAACAAAGAAAA